GGGCAUUAUAAAUGCUCAUCAGAUUGCUAUUUAUGCAGCCACUUUAUAUUGCCUCUCCUGCGCAAACAUCUGUGCUGCUCCAACCAUGGAAGAGUCACUCGGCCAUGAUUGUGAAGCUAACUCCUCCUCUUCCUCUUCCUCUUUAUCUACUGUCACAUGCUCCUCCUCUUCCUCCUCCUCCUCUUCCUUCUUCUCCAUUACCGCCUCUUCAUGUCCCGGUGUCCAUGGCUCGAAGAACAUAAAGAGAACUUCCAAGAGAAUGGCUGAGGCUACGGCUGGUGGUGGUGGUGGUGAAGGUAGGAAGAGAAGUAAGGAUGGGAAGCAUCCUGUAUACCACGGCGUCCGGAUGCGGAGUUGGGGCAAAUGGGUGUCGGAGAUCCGCGAGCCGAGGAAGAAGUCGAGGAUCUGGCUGGGGACGUUCCCGACGGCAGAGAUGGCGGCCCGAGCUCACGACGUGGCCGCGAUGGCCAUCAAGGGCCAGUCGGCGCACCUCAAUUUCCCCGAGUUGGCCGCAGAGCUCCCUCGGCCCGCCACCGCUUCCCCCAAGGACAUCCAGGCGGCGGCGGCGCUGGCCGCCGCCGCCACGUUCUGCGCUCGCGGCGACCUGACGCCGUGUACCAGCUCGGAGUGCUCCGGGCCGGGCCAGGCAGAGCCGCCGGCCUCCAGCUCCCCGACGGGCGACAUCGACGACGCGCUCUUCGACUUGCCGGAUCUCCUUCUUGAUCUCAGACAAGGGUUCCGCUACUCCUCCUCCUCUUCUUCCUCGUGGCUCCCUUCUAAUGACGACGACGGCGUCGAGUUCCGGAUCGAGGAGCCAUUCUUGUGGGAGUACUAUUAGACCUCAAGCGCACACGGAACUCUCCUCCGCAUUUGCCGGCAUGAACAGUGGAAGCAGCACCCGCACUGUUCAUCAAGCCUACCUUGUCAGGUUCAAGUGCAGCUCCCUCCUCAUCAACCGGACGAGGAAGCUCCUCAGAUCUGUUGCCUCACUUACGCAGCCGCUUUCGAUGCAAGUCUUCCGCAAGAACUCCACUUCUCCAUGUACAAUAACGAAGCAAGAACGAGCACGUUUACUCCUCCUCUACUUGACAAGUGUGUUUAUGAUGCCAUAUACGAGUGAAAGUAAGGUUUGGAUUCAUGUGUUUGUGAGUAAGGAAUGGGAUUCAAGGUGAUGAUUGUUAUCAGAUUUCUUUGCUGAAUUGGAGAGCACUCGCUUUGAUCA